GACACUAAACUAUGCUAUCUGCAGAGAGAACGCAAUAAUUACAAGUGCUCUGGUACAGCCAGUCGUAUACGGGCCUGGUAAAUGUGUACAUAAACAGCCUUUGCCUUAACCGCGUGGAAUGGGUUCAGUUGCAUUCGUUCAGUUGCAUUAUUGUUAAAUUAAAGCAGCCUGGUAACACGACAUACCGUUUGAAAGUGUUAAAACUCACGGUUCUAUCUCUAUAACCCAUUUUACGGUGGCAAAGACUUGGCGAAAACGGUCCCUUAUCUUCUAACAUGUGGGACGCCAAAAAAGGCUUGGGGGUUCCUCACCUUCAGUGCGUUUUGGAAAUCCACGGACGACAAGAUCAUGGUACAGUCGGUGUCUUUUUCACGAGAAGGAUCCACUGAACAAAAUCCACAGCAAUUUUUCAUCCAAAAAAGAGGACUUGUUCAGUGAAGGACUUGAUUCAAAUUUAUAUCGCUUUCACCACACCAGUGUCUGACCACAGCUGUAUUUAAAGAAUGAGACACAUCCACCAACAAAACCAUCCAGCGCUGCAGGGCUGUACCUGUUUGAGAAAGAGCAGGGGAGAGAAAGGUCAACAUGUACGAGUUCACCACAGCAAUAGUUGGACUGGUUGUCCUGAUGUUCUUUGUACAAGAGGCAGCUCUACAAUCUCCUGUGCUAACCCUGAACCCUGCAUGGAGGAAGUUCUACCCCACUGAGAAAGUGACUCUCAAAUGUGAGAUUCAGUCCCGUCAGACUGAGUGGAGUUAUCUGUGGUACAGAGAUGGAGCCUCUAUGAACAGUGCGCUCUCCAGCAGUGGAAAUGAGCACACAAUCCCGGCUCUAGAUCAGUCUCACAGUGGAAUAUACUCCUGCGGAGGGAGAAUACCAGGAAGAGAUGUUUACACUGAAAUGAGCAAUGAUGUGACCCUGACUGUAGAUGGGGAGGCCCCCAAACCCUUGCUGACUCUGGACCCCCCCAGCGGAGAGAUCUUCACAGGAGAUACAGUGACUCUGAGCUGUAGGGCUGGCACAGAUCCUGCUGGCUGGGAGUAUAUCUGGUACAAAGAUACACUGGAAGAAACACUGACCAGCACUGACUCCAGCAGCACUGACGGGUCCAGUUACACCAUCCACUCUGCUGCAGUUUCACAUGGUGGAGAGUACUGGUGCCGAGCAGGGAGAGGGAGCCCCACUGUCUACACACUGUACAGUGACUCUCUCCAGCUCAGCAUAACUGCUCGACCUCCUGCUGCGCUAACCCUGAACCCUGCACGGAGGAAGUUCUACCCCACUGAGAAAGUGACUCUCAAAUGUGAGAUUCAGACCCGUCAGACUGGGUGGAGUUAUCUGUGGUACAAAGAUGGAGCCUCUAUGAACAGUGUGCUCUCCAGAGGAAAUGAGUACACAAUCCCAGCUCUAGAUCAGUCACACAGAGGAAGAUACUCCUGCAGAGGAGCAAUACCAGGAAGAGCUGUUUACACUGAAAUGAGCAAAGAUGUGACCCUGACUGUAGAUGCUCGUCCUCAGGCUGUGCUGACUCUGGAGACUGCGUGGACAGAGAUCUUCAGGUCAGACAGUCUGACUCUGAGGUGUCAGGUUGAGGGGAGCUCUGCUGAGUGGAACUACACGUGGUACAGAGACGGACGGCAUCUUCCACUGGACCCCAGCGGGGACAGACUCACACUCACCGCUGGAAACGACUCUUACAGCAGUGAAUAUAAAUGCAGAGGAAACCGAACAGGCCAACCGUCUUACACAGAGAUCAGCGAAGGAUUUAGAGAAAACAACAUUGUCCUAAAGCGGAAAGUUCUGGUUUCUGUGGCCAGCUCACUCUUGCUCGGACUCAUCCUCACAGUCUUGGGCGGUGUUUGCCUGAGAAUGAAAAGGAAGUUGGAAAACCUGUGUGGGGACCGUGAACAUGUCAGUAAUGAAGAACAAUCCACUGACGCAAAUGCUGCUUGGAGCAUUGUACUUUUUUCUAUUCCGGAAAAGAAGACUGAAGUACUCCCACCAAAACAGAAUCCAGAAGAUCUCACAUCAUUCAAAGCUGACCAGUGAAGAGAAAAACAUCUCGCUUAGGACCAGUGCAGAUGGCUGUGAUCGCAAAGGAAAGAGUGAGGAUUUCAUGUAAUGUAGGAAAAUGUCAUCCCAUGGUUUCUGAGAUGACUGUACUGUAUGUGUACCCAGAACACUGAUCUCUGACUACAUGGCUUACCUUUAGACUGCAUGCAUGUGCUUCAUUUCAUGAGCUUUUUUUUUUUUUUUACUACUUACGACAUAGCUGUGAAAUUAUAAGGCAUUCAAGCCUUGAUAUGUUAACCUUUAUUCUUCAAAUGUUCAGUUUGAUUUCAUCCUAAUUAUUUUUUUCUUUCAUUUUCACCAUGUGUGUUAUAUUCUUUCAUAAUGACUGGAGAAAUUGAAUUAAGAUUCCAACCCGCAAGUAACAGAAAGCUUGCUGAUGUUUUUCUUGCCCAAACAUGUAAAAAGCAUGUCAAAAACCUAAGUAAUGUGUUUUUCAAUGGUGUGAAUUACUCUGCAUUCUAAUGGUAACAUUCGGAAUACUGAUGAUUGCCAAGUAUAAUUUUUUUAUGUAGAAGCACACAAUACUAUACAAAAUGCAUCACUCAAAGCUGUAUUUCCUUCAGAAAACAUUAGGUGGCGCCACUGGUCUAGAACAGAAAAUACUGCUAUUUUAAACUUGAUUGGACUUAUUUAAUCGAAUUGACAAACCUAUACAUGCUUGUAUUUCGUCGAUAUUGAUAGACUUGGUUACAGAAAAUAUACAUUUAUAAUUCAACUUUACAUUGAGGAACUACAUAUUGUACAUCAAAACAUUGUUUUAUUAAUGUGAAAAUAUACUGGGAAGAUCAUAUUACCUGUUGAAAGCUUUUUAAUGCUCUUAAGAGGAAAGAUUUUAAUAGCCAAAAAUGAACUUGAGCAAAGCAGGGGUCACUAUUUCAGAUAUGAAAGACAACAAACAUAUUUUAUUGUGCCCACAUGCUAUGGAUUGGCCCUGUUUUUUUUCUUUCAAUAAGUGAAAAAUUCACUUCAGUUAGGUGAAAUGGAAGCCUCUGUGGUUCAUGCCGCAGUUCAAUGUUAGCCAGACAGGACCCAAAAAAGUCACCAGUUCUAGCUUUACUAGAGGCAACCACGAUACAGCU